UGCAGCUCCAGGAAAUAUAAUCGACAUGAAGACUGUUUUCUUGCUAAUCUUCCUCUGGACUUUUGCCUACGCUCACCCUGUGCCCAACCACUUGUCUGCUCAUCCCAGGAGCUCCACAGAGCAGGAGGACACAGCAAGUGAAGAACAUAUGAAUGAGCUUGUUGGCUUGGAUGAUGGAGAUGACAGAAGUCCUCAUGGCAGCAGAGAAAGAGGAGAGAUGGACAUUGUGGGGGACUCUGAGGAUCAGGAUCCCGCAGAUGAAAAUGAUUUUGGUGACGAGGUUGCCAAGCGCAACAGUGGUGCUAAGAGAAGCAGAAUUAGGGAGGCUCAGCAUAAGAACUGGGUCGAUCAUGAGGACACUGGUGACCUGGAUGAGGCAGAAUACCAACAUGAGAAUAGCCUUGGCCAGCGCCUGGAUGAGAAGCAUUUCCUGGAGGAGGAGGAUGCACACGAUGCUGAUAAUGGUGACAAGGGGGAGCACUAUGGUGCUGAAAGCCGUGUGUCUGACAGCUACAAAGCUGGAGGCAAUGGGCUUGUCUACAGACCCACUGGAUUUUUCCCCAGAAGGGGCUACAGGGAAAGAAGUGACUUGUUAGAUGAGGAGGACGACAGCGGAGAUGAUACUUUUGAUGAGAACAAUGAGGGAGAGGAGAACGGCCAAGACGCUACUUACACCAUUGGCCCUAACGGAGCAGGGGAACGCGAUACAUUUGGUGACAGUGACCAAAAUGGUGACCACAGGGGUACUGUGGUGAGCGGAAGACAGCAUGACAGCAGCAGCAGCAGCAGUGAAAGCAGGAGCCUGGAUCGCGGGGAGUACAGAAACUACAUUGCCAGCAGGUAUGGUGGAACGUACAGAAGGGGAGGCGACAGUGACAGCAGCAGCCAAGAGGAGAGGUAUGAUUUUGACAAUGAAGAGAUGCAGGGUGAUGACCCAUCUGUCUUUGAUGGUUUCAUGGGCAACUCCAAAGGGCUUCGUGCUGCCUUUCAUUACAAAGAGAGCAGCCAGGAAAGCAGCAGGGAGGCAGGGAAGGCCGUCCUGAAGGUCAGCGAUCAAUCGGAGGAAGAGUCCCGCAGCAAAGAGCUCCCGGAUGGGCCUGACAACUCGGAAGAGGAUGACAGCCUGCAACAUGAUGACAGCGAGUCUGUGGACGCUGACUCCAGAGAAGACAGCCAGGCUGCCGAAGACAAGAGCGAGUCUGAAGAGCACAUUACCAGUGAAUCCAAGGAAAACAGUGCUGACAGAUCCGAGGAAGAUGUAGAGAGCCACUCCACGGAAAGUGUAGACAGCAAAUCCAGGGAGGAACCUGUCAGCCAGUCAGAUGAAGCGAGUAGGGAAUCACAGGAAGAAAAUUCCAGAGAAGUGCUCAGCAAAUUAGAUGAACGCAGUGGCAGCAAGUCUGAAGAGGGACAGGAAGAUAGAGAAUCAGCUGAGGACAACAGCAAACCAUCCGAACUUGACAGGGAAUCUGCAGAACGUGAGGGGGAUCAGAGUGAAUCCAGAGAGAAGAGUAAAUCCAGUGAGGACAGUGUGGAGUCAGAAGAGGACAGGACUGACUCCGUUGCUGAUGAUGAUGGACCAUCUCGUAGCAAGUCAACUGAGAGCCAAAGCACGUCCCACGAGGGUGACAGCAGCGAAGAGGAUCCCACCACCGAUUCCCACGAGAGCGAAGAGGUGACGGAUGAGGACAGCACAUCCACAGAGAGCCGUAGCAGUGACUCCAAAGAGGAGGAGCACAGUCACUCUGCAGAAGAGGACAGUCACUCCAGGGAGGAUGCCACAAAUGAAUCCACCAGCCAUGGAGAUGACAGCUUACCGAGGAGCCUGGAGAGCGAGAAGCGGAAACGAAGGCUCCGUGUCUAUCACAAGCAGCACAUUGGUGAUUACGAUGAUAAUGACUGCCAGGAUGGGUAUUAA